AUGAACGCAGGUGAAGAUCCUGCUACUGCCGCUGCAAUCUCGCGAGGACAAACAGACGAGGUCAAUACUGUUGCCGACCAGCAGGACACCUACACGGCAAGCGGCAACCUUCCGGGACCUUCGGAGAAUCUCCUGCAUCUGACAGGUGUUUUACCAACGCAAAUGGAGGAAGAUGGUGCGCAAGAACGGGAGGAAUAUCAUACACCUACUAUGUUAGCAACCUCCCUCGACACAGGUGCUAGUGCCCAAUUAUCCGAAGCAAGUCGUGCUUCUAUGGUACCUCAUAUGGCUAUGUAUGAGUCACAUGCGAAUGUUGCGGAUGACGACGACAGACCCACCGAACCUGCAGCUUUGGAACACGCGCAGCAGGUGGACCAUCUGGAAGCGAGCUCCCCUGAUGCGGC